AUGUCUAAUGAUAUUAAUCCAGAUGAUGCCGAAAUUGCAACAAUUAAAUCGUUCGUUAUUUCAACGAAUAUGAAACAUUUCGUUACAAGUCAUGAAGAUCAUUCAUUGAUUUUGUGGAACGUUGAUUUCAAUGAUAAAAUAAUCGAAAGAGACGUAAUAGACAAUAACGAAGCAGUCCUUUUGCACGAAUCAAAAGAGUUACUAGAAUUAUCAAACGAUAAAUUAUUGAUUUAUUUUUGUGAUGAUAAUCCAUAUCUCCGGGAUUUGGAAGCUUCCAAAUUUAGUCCGAUUACCAAACCAUUAUCUGACAAAAAAAAGAGUUUACUUGUCGAAAAAAAACAUCUACGGUUUCUCCCAAAUGAUGACCUUUUAUUGCUAUCGAUACCGUUGUUACAAGAGGAACAUUCUCGUUCACAAGACGAAAAAAUACGUAUACGGGAUCUCUUAAAUGGAGAACAUUUAUUGAAUUGGCUACUUAAGGAAAAAAGGCGGUUUCUUUUUUUUUUAUUGAAAUCGUUACCAUUGACACCAAGUGUAAAUGUAUAUUCAAAAGCUUCAUUAAAAAAUUCAAAAAAAUCUUCUGGUUCAUAUAGAAUCCCAACGAUUGGUCAUCUCGGUAUAGAAAUGAUAAACGUUAGUCGUAUUGAAAAAAAAAAUGAACAAAUUUUUCUUGCCCUUGACGGCGUCAUACUUUUAUUAAACACCGAAACAAUGAAAAUUGAAAAUCACUACAUCAUUCCAAACAUUAAAAAAGAACAGCUCAAUGAUCCAACGAAUUGUGGUUGGAUGGGGACGAUAAAUGAGGAAGGAAGUUUAUUAGCAAUAUGUUCAACGUACAAAGAAGAAAUUCAUACAUAUGUAUUCUCAAUGAAUAAUGGAAUAUUAAUAUCAUCAAGAAAAGAUCUGUACGAGAAAGGUCAAAGAAUACAAUUUAUUAACUUCAAUAAUACCGACAUUUUGAUGUUGCAUAAAAGAGUUGAGGACAAAAUUAAAUAUACGAUCAUGUCACCUUAUGAACUCUCAUACGCGGUUAAUGAUGAACAUCGUAUUCAAAAAUCCAUUCAGUAUUACAUGAUUUUAUAUGAUCAGAUGAAGCAUGAUCACAACCUAUUUAUUUAUCUUAAUUUCAAUAUCUUCAAAGAUGGUAUCAGAGAGUUGGAUAAAAUGUCCCGUUGUGAAGGGAAAAAUUUGAUAUGGGAAUUCCAGAAUUCCAAAUUGAAAGUUUAUAAGAAAGAUCAAAUGCAAAGUAAUGAGAAAAAUAGUUUUAAAUUUAUUAGAGAUAUUCAAUUCACACAUCUUCAACUCUUAAGUAAUGAUGAUGUAGCAUUAUAUUGUUGUGGCAUUUAUAUUUUAGGCUUUGAUGAAAAAACCAAUAGGAUUGUUCCUAGAUAUUACUAUCCUAAUACUAAUGACUUUAUUACGAGUAAAACCCUUCCAAACCCAAUCUUGAAGGGGUUAAAACUAUAUUUACCGUUACAGAGUAUUGUAGACUUGAUUAAUGAACUUUUAAGUUCAAGAAAAUAUCUCGUAGAAAUGAGCGAUGACAUCAUCAAUCGUUCCAUUAAUCGAAAAAAAUGUGGUCGGAAAAAAAUGGCAAAGCUAAUUGCUUGCCUUGACAAGAUAUAUGAAGCGACUGAAGAAAAUACGGAUCCUACGAAGAAUUAUAGAUUUUGUGAUCUUAUCACAAAAUAUCUGCCAAAAUUAUAUUUACAUAUACCCACUUAUUACUCAAUGUUCAUUGCUGAUACCACGUUAAUUCCAACUCCAUAUAUCAAUGAAUCUUAUUUAUCCAGUAAAUUGAAACUGGUUGGUUAUACGUAUCAAGCUCAUACUCUACAAGUAUAUAAUCGUAUAGAGAGUUAUUUCAUUCAACGAAUUUUGCUAAUCAGUCGAGCCUUUGUAAAAUAUAUCCAAUAUAUUAGUAAGAAAGAUAAACCAAGAAGAAGGGUCGCUAGAUUUGUCGUUCCUUACUUAGGCUUUACAAAGUAUCCAUCUGAUUACAAUUUCUGGAAGGAAUUGCUAAGACCAAGUGACAACCCGUUUGUUACUUUGGCUGACGAAACCAUCUAUGAUGGAUGGAAUGCUGAGGCAUUACUUAAUUUCAAAUGGAAUGCCUAUGGAUGGUUUUAUUUUUAUCUUUUUUGGGGAUCAUUUAACUUGUUUAUGUUCUCUUUCGGAGUAGGUUCAACAUUAUCUUCAUCUAGUAUUUCAAGUGAGACGAGACAUAUUAUUUUAUAUACGAGCAUUACCGUUGGUUUCUUUCAUCUUACUCACGAGAUUAGACAAUUUAUCUGGAAACCGAGUAGAUAUGUGAAAGAUAUAUGGAAUUUGUUCGAUCUUGCUGCAAUUAUAUUCCCAAUAUGCACCGCUUUCUUUUGGUUAACUGAUCAUGAAAAACCUUCCCCGGCGUUGAUUUCCAUAUCAAAUCUAUUCUUGUACUUUAAAUUUAUAACAUUCUUGCGAGCCCUUGAUUACUUUGGCUCCAAUUUAACUAUCAUCGUUGGUGUGGCCAAGAGGAUACUUUCCUUCUUAUUGAUCUUACUUAUUAUCAUUAUUGGUUUUGCACAUGCUUUUUUUAUUAUUUUGACACCAAAUCAUGAUUAUGAUUUGAAUGUACCUGUUAAAGAUGACGAUCCGAAUAAUCCCUGGAAUCUCGUUACGGAAUAUCAAUCAGUUACUCCAAAUGGUGAUAUCAGUCCCGAAACAACCUUUAUUCAAAGACCCGAUUCAAAGUUAAAUCUAUUUUCCACUUAUUCAACCUCACUAAUGGCCAUGUAUUUGUUUUUAACGGGGGAUUAUUCAUCACUUGGUUCAUGGUCUUAUCAGGAAAAUCCAUUCAUGACGAUACUGCUAGUUAUGUUUUCAUUCUUGAUUGUGGUUUAUCUUAUGAAUUUAUUUAUUGGGUUGCUUAACUUGGAAAUCGAAGGAAAUAGAACACAUUUCCUGUUCAUACUUCAAAAGGCAAAAAUUGUGGCUGAGAUAGAGCUUUUCCUCUUGCUUCCAAAUCAACGAAGGUGGCGACAUUGGUUUCCGGAUAUGAUAUUCUAUCAGAUGCCGAUUGGAGAGGUUCAACAAAAGAUUAUGGACAUAGAUAACAAUCCAGUAUCGUAUCAUUCAACAAAAAUUUCUGACAAAUUAAGAGGGCUGGCCAAGAUGAAGGAAAUUACAGAAGGUCCAAUGUCAAAAGCUGAGUGUGAGGUUUUAUUUUCUAAAUUUAAAGAUGAAAUUAGAAUCCUUUUAAAUCUAGAUAAAAAUGUUGAUGAGGUUGACGAAGGAAACAAGUCAAAAAAUGUGGUAGAAAAACAAAAUAUUGUAAUUGAAAUCGAUGACAAUUAA